UUUAGACGCUAGUUUGAGUCUGUAGGUGUAGGGCAUGUCAUAUUGUAUCUCAUAAGUAUCGGUAGUUGAACACUUUAUAGAAACGAAAAAGCAAACAAGGAUAAAGUUUUCAGCAUGGCGGAAGAUACAGAUUGUGGAUUCUAAGAUGUAUUGUGGCAUAGUUUAAACUUGUUAAUAGUAGUUUUUAAUUCUGUCAAACAGUUGUAUUAACGUAAUGUCAGCGUUACAAUUCGUCGUCCAUCCUUUACCAGGCUCUGAGGAGCAGUUUAAUGAUAAGCUUAAAGAAGUUGCUGAACGAAUCAAUAGGUUCGGACAACAGCCACAUGGGGCCUUUAUCAAUUUACGUAUAGGUGUCAAAAGAAUAGUUCUUGGUCCAUCUCAUAUUGCCCUUUUACUUGAAGAUGGACGAGUGUGCCGUGUUUCUUUUAGUGUGAUAUCUGAUAGACUGGAUUUGAGUAAAACUGACCCCAUUAAAAGCACUGGGGGAGGUGGUUCUCAUGGAGGUAAUAGUAAUUCUGGAGGUUCUGGAAACAAGCCUUCUAGUAGUAGUCGACAGAUUAGGACUCGUGCAAGAAUAAUGCGAAAUACAGCAAUAAGAGGUUCUGGACAUGGAGGUGCUCGAGGUGCACCUGUUAUUAUUGGAACAAGUUCAUCUGGUAGUAGUGGACGCCCAAUGGUGACUGUCCCAGCACCGUACGUUCCUGAAGAAUUAGUGACUCAAGCACAAGUUGUACUACAAGGAAAAAGUAGAAAUUUAAUUAUUAGAGAAUUGCAACGCACAAAUUUGGAUGUAAAUCUAGCUGUAAACAAUUUAUUGUCACGUGAUGAUGAGGAGGGCGAGGAAGGGGACGAUGCUGCAGAUUCUUACGUUCCUGAAGAUCUCAUUUCGCUCUUGGAUGGCGGUUUUCACACAGAUCACUCCGUUAUCAUUGAUGCGGAUGCGAUGUUUUCUGAAGACAUGUUCGGCUAUUCCGGAAUUAGAAAUCGUAGCAGUAGCAACAGGGGUCGUCUGUCAGAUCGUGACAAUCCUUCAAAUUCCGAUCGGGAUCGAGAGAGCUUUACUCGUUGGAGGGAGCGACAGUACUUUGGUCCGCGACGGUGGUUAGAGAAUGCACUAAGGGACAAUGGUUAUGAAAAAGAUCCGGAAACUAAGAAAAAGGACACGGCAAGUCCCCUGUGGAUAUCGGAGGAGUUAGAAUUCUGGCCUGAAGAAUCAGGAAAGUUCAUGCAAAUAGCUUCGCUGUAUAGUGAAUUAAUUGCAUUGUCAUCCAAUGGGCAACUUUAUCAGUGGCGCUGGAAUGAUCCCGAGCCAUAUCGACAGGCAGACAAUUUGAAUGUUCAUCAUCCAAAGACGUUAUAUUUGGGACUGUUGAACGAAAAAGUGGUACAUUUAUCAGCGUGUUCAACCAGGUGUUCAGUUGCGACUGAAUCUGGAAAAGUAGCUACCUGGAUGGACGAGCUUUUGACUCCUGCAGCUAGCAAACUAGAACAUCCAGCGCAGGCAUAUUCCGAAUUUCAAACAGACCGUAUUACAGCUUUAUACACCUGUCCUCUUUAUUCUUUGGCAAAAUUAGAAUCUGGAUCAUUGUAUUGGUGGGGUGUAUUGCCGUUUGCCCAAAGGAAACGCUUGUGGGAAAAAUAUCGUACGAAAUGUCGUAAACUACGACCGUCCACCAACCAAUCGGAUAUUGUGGCAGGAUCUCAAGUUUGUAUGAAAAACAGCCCUAUGUAUCAUCCAGGAGCGAUAGGAUUUACUGUGGCUGCUGGUAUUCCCAAGGUUGGUCAAUUACAGAAUUCAGCAUGGACUCUGAGUGACACUUGUACCUUUAAAGUUAUCAGCUCUAGUACUCUAAAUCCAGAUAAGAAUAAAGAGGGCGGAGUGCCAAGCUCCAGUGGACUAGGUUCUUUAACUAAUAAACCAGCAAAUAAGGAAACCGUAGAUCGUAUGGAUAUGCCACCUCCUCCAUCGCCUGCAUCUAGCACAUGUAGCGACACUGGUAGCAUCUCAAACAGUCACAAAAGACAGAAAAGAUUGACUACAUCCGGAGCUGAUGCAAGCAACGAUCAAAGACGUGACGAAGAGGAGUGGCUUUUAAGGGAUGUAAUUUUUGUCGAAGACGUUAGGAGCAUUCCUGUGGGAAGAGUACUGAAAGUGGACGGAGCUUAUGCUGCAGUUCGCUUUCCUUCAUCUCAUUCGAAAGAAAAGGAUUCCAAAGAUUCCGAUGACAUUUUCCAGGACUGCCGUUUAAUGCGUAAGGAUGACCUUCAGGUGAUAAAGUCAUCAUCAACAUCUCGCGUCCCAGAUUGUUUUCAACGAACUCCUAGGCGGAUCCAAAUUCCGGAGUCGAGUGGUCAGAUAUUAAGCCUCGCUGUUGAUGGCCAAGGGAUUCACUCUAUCGUUAGGAAUGGAACGAAAUUUAGCUAUGUCGUGUACAAUAUCAGUAGCGGUAGAAUAGAACAGGAUAACCAGUUUCCUAGUGACAUUGCGUCUUUUAUGGGCCUUUAUCCCCAAAAUAUAUCCUUAGUCUGCUUCGGUGAUUCUUCUGAGACCAUCCUAAUUCUUCGCGAUGGAAAUAGUACAAUUUAUCCUUUGGCCAAAGAUUGCGCUGGUGCUAUUAAGGACCCUUUACCAUUACAUUUGCCUCCUGUUCGUGCCAUUGGCACUGGUACCAUAGCUCUGACUGGGACUCCUCACAACAUGAAAAACCAGGUAGCCAUAGUUUUGAUGGCUGUAGAUGCACAGCUGCUUAUGUCCAAAAUAUUACAUUGUGAUGCCGAGGGCACUAGACAAGUUUUGGCUCAACUCGAUAAUGACUAUAAGUCAAAUCCUAGUAUAAUUCAAGGAGUACUGGCAGAGAGAUGCGACGGAAAUCGUAACAUAUUCCAUGCAAUAGUGCAUAUGUGCACGCCUACAUCUAACAAAGAAACGGAAAGUGGUAGGGUAGAUUUUAAAAUAACAAUUUCUUAUUCAUUUUGACAACGUUUAUGUUUAGAUCAACAAGGUUUUGUUCAAGAGGAGCCUUUAUCCACGCAUAAUUGGCCGCCUGAAUCAUUCGAUGUUGCUUCUGGCUACGAAGACAGUCUUAUGGGGCUUGGCACGGGGACAACAGGAAAAAACCAUUCUAAUUCUAAUUGCGCUUCGAACAUUGCCGUUGUAGACCCAACGGAAAGGAGAAAUAAUGCUAUGCAAAUCUUACACAUACUCCUUUAUGAACCAACGUCUCUCACGCCGUACUUAGUGGAAUUACUUUCUGCAAAGGAUGCUCAAGGGCAAACCCCUUUUAUGUUAGCUGUAUCAACUCGAAGUUAUCCAGCUGCUCUGGAAUUGUUUGAGCGUAUUGCUCAAUUGGGGACGCCCCAAGAACAGGAAGAAAUGAUUUUUCCCAAAGGAUCGAAUCCUGAUCAUUCGCCUCUGCACGUUUUAUGUUGCAAUGAUACUUGCAGUUUUACGUGGACCGGAACAGAACAUAUCAAUCAGGAUAUCUUUGAGUGCCGCACUUGUGGUCUAACAGGAACUUUGUGCUGCUGUACCGAAUGCGCUCGAGUUUGCCAUAAAGGUCACGAUUGUAAGUUAAAACGGACUUCACCAACAGCUUAUUGCGAUUGUUGGGAAAAGUGUAAAUGUAAAGCUUUAGUAAUGGGAAGUCAGGCUGUUAGAUAUGAAUUGCUCACUAGACUCGUGAGAGAUACUUGUCUUGUAGAGAUGCCUAAUUCACGUGGAGAAAGCAUAUUGCUCUUCUUGGCUCAAACAGUUGGGAGACAAAAUCAAGAACAACGUCAGUAUCGAGCUGCAAGGCCACGCACGACAUCGGCUAGUUCACGAAACAAGACUCCUUCAGAUGAUAUUGAGUCAGAUAUGCCUGACCAUGAUUUGGAACCUCCGCGGUUUAGUCGCCGAGCAUUAGAAUGUCUUCUAGGUGAUUGGAAGGCUGUGCGAAGUAUGAUUUUGUCUGGAACAAAGAAAUGUGAAGAUCCAAUAAUUGGAGAUCAGGUGUAUGUGGGUAAACAGUCUGGAACUACUUUACUCGAUAAAUUUACACACUGCCUUCUUGUAAAGUGCUAUUUGGAAGUGCUUGAGAUUCUUAUUGAAACGCUCGUAAAAGAAAUAAAAAGAGGUACUGAAGGAGGAGUAGAAGUAGCUCGAAGAUUUGUUCGAUCUGUUGCUCGCAUUUUCGUAAUUUUUAGUGUUGAAAUGGCCCCAAAUGCAACAAAAAGAAGAAAUAUUAACACAUAUAACCAGCCCGUUAGUAAAUGUAGAAGGGUCUUUAGAUCGAUGGUGAAGUUAUCAAUUGAAGAACUUUGCGAAAUAGCAGAUUCUCUGAUAGUUCCAGUGCGUUUAGGUGUAGCGAGACCAACGGCUCCUUUCUCACUGGCAACUUCAGUUAAUGAAAUAAUUAGUGGAUCAGAAGAACUAUUCUUGGUCGAUCCAUUGGCUGCACCUGAUACUCGAACUCCUGCGGAUAAUUCUCCGGCAACGGAGCCACCGUUAACAUUUAUUGCUGAAGCUGUUCGUAGGGCUGCAGCGGCCGCUAGAGAUUUAGAUGAUGCAAAUGAUGGUGAAAGCAUGGCAAUAGAUAACGAUGAUGAUAACGGUUCAGAACACGAAGAUGUCCAGGCAGAUCGAGAAUUACCAAUUGCAGUUCGUCAAGCAUCCUUAAAUGAAAGUGAGACUCAGGAACCGGCAGGUGAUCAGCAAGAACAAGGCGGUGGUCAAGAAGAAAGUGAUCCAGAAUUAGAUUUAUUAGCUAGUACAGAAUCUGAUAGUGAUGAUAAUCACAGCAAUCAAGAUGCUGCUUCGGCCCAAAGAUCUGUCCAAACUGGAGCGACGGCGGGAUCCGACACAGGUUUGAUGUUGUUUCCGGAAGAUGACAGCGGAGAUUCAAGUCAACAAGAAGAAGAAGAAAGUGAGGCAGGAGAAACUGACGAGACGGACGACUAUAUAUACACAGAUGAGCAGUUAGAAAGGCGAAGCAAUACAACGGGCCACGGCCAUCGUAGUAAUCUUGCACCUCAAAACAUGCAAUGGGCAAUUCGAUCCCGAGAGACAAACAGAUCAACUGGUGUUCGUCUGGCAGGUGGUUCAAAUUUAGUAUUUAUCGACCCAAGUUCUUUACGACGUGCGACUAGUGGUAAUACAGCAGUUGCAACAAGUACUGAACCCGUUACAAUGGCAACGACUGCUAGUUGUUUAGCUAGAGCAUUUGGUAUUAUAAUUAGACAGAUAGCAGAACUGCUGUCUUUGAUGCAAGAUCUUCAUAUAAUGCCAAGUACAUUUGCUCAUAUAGAUGUUACUCAAGAUGACAUUUAUAAUGUUCAGAUUUAUUUAGAAUUUCGUUUGAAAGCCACCUGGGAUUGGCUUCUAACAGUUAUGGAUGCCACUGAGGCUCAAUUGAGAUUUGGGGCCUCCUUGACACAUUCGGAAAUACAACCGGGACUGUCAUUGGGUAUAAUAUCUGAAGUACAACCUCCUUCAAAUCGAUUAUCAGGUCGUUCUCAUGGUUUUUCAAACACAAAUUCUGGAGGCACGCGGAUAAUUGGGUUUACGACAAAUUUAGAAACAAAUCGGACGAGACAAGAAAGAGAAGUAGGUGUGGACGCUCAUUCAGCCAGAAGGGAAUUUUUAUCCUACUGUCUUUCGUUAAUGAGGGCUCAUAACAGUGAACAUUUGGAUUCUCUUCCUAUCCUUGAUGUGUCUGCAUUGAAGCAUGUAGCUUAUGUAUUUGAUGCAUUAAUCUAUUAUAUGAGAUCAGGAAAUUCUGACUCUUCUGAUAGCGAUAAUCUCAGAGAAGGAUUAGCAUUACCCUCGUGGAAUGAUCAGGAUGAAAAUGAAAAUGACGAGGGCGAAGAAGAUAUACCGGUAGCAAUGGAAACAGAAUCUUUGGAUGAUCAGGAAGUAUCUAAUUUGGCUGUCCUUUCUGGUGGCUUAGGGAAUUCCAACAAUGUAUCUUCAUUAGGAAAUUCUGGAAAGGGACGUAAACAUUCCUUUUUUCAGAGGUCGGAUUCGACUUUAUGUCUUGGAUGCUCACCACCCGAUCCUUUUGAAACACCUAUGUCCGAGGCCUUACCUUUAGCUGAUCAGCCUCAGUUGCUACAACCAAAUGCUCGCAGAGAAGAUUUGUUCGGUAUACCAAAACAGCCAAUUACCUUACCUUCAUCUGGUAUACAUUCGAAAAAUCCUUUGGAAAGGAUACCAUCUAGGUUGGGUUUAUCCUGCAGAACUUCUGAUUUCGGUAUGAGUCAGCCAAUUAAAGCCAACCAGCCUUUACCUAAUUCUAUGAAUGUUAUGGGUCCCAAUCCACUCAUUUAUCCUCAAAAUAGUAAUGGACAGCAAAAUGUUGAAAAUGAUAGGGUCACUGUACAAGUUCAGACGGAGUUGUCCAAUACAUUAAAACAUUCUCGAUCUGGUACUACAGGAGCAGUGGAAAAUAACUACCAAAAUUUCCAGAACCUUUUAGACGCAGUAAAAGAUGAAUCUAUCGAAGAUGAAGCUGCUGAAGAUAGACCCCAAGACCUUUCAUGUAGCCGUGAUCCUUGCAGUAUCUUGCCAGCAAAUAUUGAUCAUAAUUAUAACAAUGGUGACGGUUCGUCAGUGGAAAUGAUAGAAGACUCAACGGCUGUUCCGCCAAUUUCCACGGUGAUAUCACCCACUCUCUUAGCGGCAGUUGGUCUUGAGCAAGGAUUGCCUAAUAAUCGACCUCAGAUUAUUGUAUCAACAAGAAAGUCUAAUAAUAAUGGUAAUUUCUGUCAAGAUGGCGUUAAAUCGGAGACUUCAUCUACCUUGUCUUCAUUGCCUUCCAUGAAUUUGUUAUCGACUAAUGCGGGUUUGGUUCCUCAUAAUUAUUGUUCAUCAACUCCAGCAACUUCGACGAAUUCCCCUCUACCGAUUUCGCGAAGUCCCAGCAAGAGUGUUAUUGUGAGAGCAGGAUCUUCAUUGAGUAAUCAAGAACGUCGAUCUGAAGACGUCGAAAUGAUUCCGUUAGAAAAUCAACAGACAGAAACACUCGAAAACCAGGAAAUAUCUGCGAACGUAACUGUUGUAACUACUCCUAAUCCAAACGUUGUUAAUGAAUCACCUAGGUCAACUAUUGGGCAGUUGGUGUCUCAUGACUUGCUUUUGGGACGAUGGAGGUUGUCGUUAGACUUAUUCGGACGCGUUUUCAUGGAAGAUGUUGGUUUAGAACCUGGCUCUAUCGUAUCAGAAUUAGGUGGAUUUCCAGUAAAAGAGGCCAAAUUUAGACGAGAUAUGGAAAAAUUAAGGAAUAACCAGCAACGGGAUUUGACUCUUUCAAAGAUGGAAAGAAAUAGGACUCAGUUAAUUUUGCAAACAUUCAAAGAACUAAACUCACAAUAUAACAAUUAUAAUAGGCGUGCAUCCGCGUCGCAGCCCCCUUUAGCCGUGAACCGCGUGAAAGUAACUUUUAAAGAUGAGCCAGGUGAAGGUUCGGGCGUCGCUAGGAGUUUUUAUACUGCAAUAGCCGAGGCAAUACUUGUUAAUGAAAAAUUGCCGAGCUUGGAAUCGGCACAGGUUGGUGGCCCAAAAUAUACCCACUACAGUGUCUUGCAGCGAUUACGUCGUGAUAGAGAUUUUGUUAGAAGAUCAAGCAAUUCAAAUCGAGGAUCAAGCCGUUCUCGCGAUCACCAUCGGAGAACUAUGACUGCAGAUGCUAGACCAUUUGUACCCUCAGAAAACUUCAGUUCAGAAAACCCCUCCAUGCCAGACAUUUCAGGAGGUACCAGUGGAUCUAAUGCCAGCCGAAACGAUCAUUUAACAUCUCAUCAACAACAAUUGGGAGAUAGAAUUUAUCCAAAGGUGUAUAAUUUACAUCCCACAUUUGCCGGGAGAAUUACUGGCAUGCUGUUAGAAUUAUCACCAGCUCAAUUGCUAUUACUUCUCGCUUCCGAAGAGUCGCUAAGAGUCAAAGUAAAUGAGGCGAUCGAAUUAAUUUUAGCGCAUACCCAUACGUCAGAUGCUCCUUCUGAUCCAGAACGAAAUGGAACUCGAAAAUCUAACUACCGCAAUAUGGUUAGCGGUGACGGUGGAUCAGAGGAAUGCCCCAUCGAAGAGGACGAUAAUGCGCCCCUUUUUUAUUGCCCUGGAAAACGAGGAUUCUAUUGUCCUAGACAAGGAAAAGCUACCUAUGAGAGAUUAAAUGCAUUUAGAAAUGUAGGAAGACUUUUGGGAUUAUGCCUACUACAGAACGAACUUUGUCCUAUAUUUUUAACGCGACAUGUGUUAAAAUCGAUCUUGGGUCGGUCUAUUAAAUUUCAUGAUUUAGCCUUUUUCGAUCCUGUGGUUUAUGAAUCAUUAAGACAGUUGGUGGUAGACGCAGAAACAAAAGAUGGCAAUAGUCUGUUUUCAGCACUUGAUUUGAACUUUAGCAUUGACCUGAGUGCAGAAGAAGGCGGCGGUAUGGUGGAUUUGAUUCCGAAUGGUCGAGAUAUUGAGGUAACUUCUUCCAGCGUAUAUGAUUACGUGCGUAAAUAUGCUAAGUAUAGGAUGGUGAAACUACAAGAGAAAGCUAUUGAACAUAUUCGUAUGGGUGUUUUCGAUGUUUUACCCGAAGGUUCUUUGGACGGCCUAACUGCUGAAGAUUUGAGGCUUCUGUUAAAUGGUGUGGGCGACAUUAACGUAUCAGUACUCAUUUCUUAUACAUCUUUUAAUGAUGAGUCUGGUGAAAGUAGCGAACGAUUGGUGAAAUUUAAGCGGUGGUUGUGGUCCAUUGUGGAAAAGAUGACGCAUUUGGAAAGACAAGAUUUGGUUUACUUUUGGACUGGAUCACCAGCAUUGCCUGCAAGUGAAGACGGUUUCCAACCUAUGCCAUCGGUGACAAUAAGGCCUGCAGAUGAUGCUCAUUUACCAACCGCGAAUACAUGUAUUUCCCGCCUAUACAUCCCUCUUUAUAGCAGUCGCACUGUGUUACGACAAAAACUACUUCUCGCAAUCAAAACAAAGAACUUUGGAUUCGUGUGACUCAAGUCUUAUUAUUACCAUUAAUACACCACCUUGAUAUAUUCUUUAGGUGAAAUGUUCUGUUUCGAUACUCUGAGAGAUAUAAUUGGCGUUGUAUUGUAAUUCAUUAAAAUAAAGUGAUGUGUAGCAACUUUUUGAUGUUUAAUAAUGAUUGCGACUGUUGAAACACAAAAUAAGUGAAGAGGGUGAGAAUAUUUUUUCACUUUAGUUUUUCUCAAAUAUUUUAUAUUUAUAAUGAUAGUAUAGAUGGUGCAGCACGUGAGUUAUAAAGUGUACAUAGGUACUGUAAAAGUUUUUUUUUAUAUUGUGUAACUUAUUUACUUAAUUACGUUGUUUUUUUAGUGAA